AUGUUAUGGUUUUGUGCCAGACGAAGACAUAAUGAAUACAUGUUUAGGAUUCCUGCCGUAGAGCAGCAACUGGCACGCCUAUUAACCGUUCUCUCUUUUUUCUUUUUCUUUCUUUCUUUCUUUCUUUCUUUCUUUCUUUCUUUGUACGCCUCUUCAUUUCAUAUUCUUGUAUAUUAUUCUUUCUUUCUUUCUUUCUUUCUUUCUAUCAUUCGCUCUCUUAAAAAAAUCAUUCCCCUUCUUAUAUUCUCUCUUUCUCUCUCCCGCUCUCUCUAUUCUUCGCUCUCUUACAAAACUCAUUUCUCUUCCUCUUUCUGUCUUUCUCUCUAUAUAUAUCUCGCUCUCUUUCAAAACUCAUUCCUCUUUCUCUCUUCCUCUCUCUCUUUCUUUCACUCUCUUUCAAAAUUCAUCUCUCUUUCUUUCCUUCUCACUCUCUCUCUCUCUCUUUCUAUCUCUAUCUCCAUUUCUAUAUGUCCGUUUCUCCCAUUUUCUUUCCUGUUUUCUUUCUUUUUUCCUCUUUUAAUCCUUCUCUCCAUUUCUAUCUUUCCUCUUCUUUCUCUCUUUUAUGAUCUCUCUCUCUCUCUCUCUCUCUCUCUCUCUCUCUCUCUUUUCACAAACUCUCUCAGCAUUUAUCUCUUUCUCGUCCCAUUUCGUCUGUAUCUAGAAAAACUGGGGUUGUUUGUGAGUCUAUUUCUUUUUAUCUAUCUAUCUAUCUAUCUAUCUAUCUAUCUAUCUAUCUAUCUAUCUAUCUAUCUAUCUAUCUCAAUCUGUUUCUUUCUUUCUUUCUUUCUUUCUUUCUAUCUAUCUAUCUAUCUAAGUCUGUUUCUAUCUAUCUCAAUCUGUUUCUUUCUAUCUAUCUUUCUCAGUCUGUUUCUAUCUCUCCCUUUCUCUCUCUCUCUAUCUCUAUCUCAGUCUGAUUGUAUAUAUCUGGGUCUUUCUUUCUAUCGACCUAUCUAUCUAUUUCAGUCUGUUUGUAUCUAUCUUUCUAUCUCAGUCUAUCUAUCUAUCUAUCUAUCUAUCUAUCUGUUUCUUUCUUUCUUCCUAGCUAUCUCAUUUAUUUCUAUCUAUCUAUCUAUCUAUCUAUCUAUCUAUCUAUCUAUCUAUCUAUCUAUCUAUCUAUCUAUCACUGUUCUUAUUUGUAUAUCUAUCUAUAACAUAGGAACCCAUGAUCCCUUUGUCAGCCCAUAUUUCCUGUCUGCCUCUGCUGAUAUUUUCAGCCCACCUUUCUUGUCUGACUCUUCUGAUAUUUUCAGCUCACCUUUCCUCUGUCUGGCUCUUCUGAUAUUUUCAGCCCACCUUUCCUCUCCCACCUUUCUUCUAUCUGCCUCUUCUGAUAUUUUCAGCCCAUAUUUCCUCUGUCUGAUUCUUCUGAUAUUUUCAGCCCACCUUUCCUCUAUCUGCCUCUUCUGA